UGAACAGAUUUUUUUAGAAGUUCAAAACUUGACAAGAUUUGUUGACUCAAAGCAAAAACUUCGGUACACUUAUAGUAAUUAUGCGAUGCUAUAGAUUCAUCUGUGUACUCGUCUCGUAAAAGAACUUUGAAGAGACAUAAAACUCAAGAAUUAAAAUCCUUCCAUCAUAAGAUCGAGCGUUGAAUAAAGUCAAACAUGUUGGCUGAAAGAAGAAAAAUUAAUAAAUGGAAUAGAGUAUACCGAAGAUCUCGAGUCAUGUCGCAUACUCUGUUACGUUCAACAAUGUCUGUAUUUAAGGUAAUGUCAUUGGGAUCAGAUGUUUUACCACAAAUUAAAUGUAAUCAAGACAAGAACUAUUCGUAUAUAAUUCUUCAUUACUCUGGAUACAAAGCAAUUUGGGAUUGGUUUAUUUUACUAUUGGUUAUGUAUACAGCAAUUGUGACGCCUUACAUGGUGACAUUUUUAUUAGGUUCAAACAGAUCGCUAACCAUUAUUGAUAAUUUUAUUGACUUUAUUUUUGUCAUUGAUAUACUUAUGAACUGUCGAACCUCUUUUGUGGAUGCAAACGACGAGGUUGUUAACGAUCCUUGUCGAAUUGCUGUAAACUAUUUAAAGGGAUGGUUUGUUUUUGAUUUCUUAGCAGCUUUCCCUUUUCAGUUAAUAUGCAUGAUGCUAGGAAUUAAUCAGACAACUGUUUUGAUCAGUUUGGGUAAAUCGGCACGUUUGCUUCGAUUAAUUCGAGUAACACGCAAACUGGACAUGUAUUCGGAGUAUAAUUUAGCAUUGUUAUUACUUCUUGUGUUUGGUUUUGCAUUGAUGGCUCACUGGUUAGCGUGUAUUUGGUAUGCUAUUGGAAUUAAUGAAAGCCCUACAUAUAAUAAUGUUGAUUGGUUAUCAAAGCUCAGUAAGGAUUUGAAUUUAAAUGAAACGGGAAAGCUUGAUGUGACAACUGCUUAUCUAACAGCAUUGUAUUUUACUUUGAGCAGCUUAACUAGUGUUGGUUUCGGAAACGUCUCCGCAAAUACAAACGGGGAAAAGUUAUUUGCAAUACUUAUCAUGCUUAUUGGAGCUCUAAUGUAUGCUGUCAUAUUUGGCAAUGUCACGGCAAUCAUUCACAGACUUUAUUCAGGUUUGGCUCAUUAUCAUUCAACUAUGCGCAGAGUUCGGCAAUUUAUUCGUUUUUAUCAAAUUCCGUCACCACUGCGUCAACGAUUAGAAGAUUACUCGCAUUACGAUUAUUCGUACACUAACGGCAUCGAUAUGAACGAGAUACUGGGGCAUUUUCCAGAGGGUCUUCAAGCGGAUGUUUGUCUUCAUUUAAACAGAAAUUUAUUUACGAAAAAUUUAGCUUUUCGUAGUCUACCUGCUGGUUGCUUACGUUCUUUAUCUCUUAAAUUAAAAACAACAAGAUAUACGCCGGGUAACUACAUUAUUCAUUACGGAGAUGAAGUAGUUAAACUGAUGUGGAUAGAACGAGGCACGUUAGAAAUAUUACAAGAGGAAAAAGUGGUUUCUAUUUUAGGAAAAGGUGAUUCAUUCGGAGAAAAUUUUGGAGCAGUCUACGAUCGCCUUGUUGCUAAAUCAUGCGCAAGUGUCCGUGCACUAUCAUACUGUGACAUCCAAUCUAUUUCACGUGACGAUUUGUUAUCAACUAUGCGUGCUUACCCUGAAUUUCAUAGUAAAUUCAACAGAAAUUUUCGUGUUUCGUUUAAUUUAAGAGAUUUAGAACUUGAAGAAAAAGAUCUGAGUAGUUCUUUGAUUAAUCUUAAUCAACAGCGACAAAACGUUCUCGAAAAGUUGAAACGGAAAAGUUCGUUUCGUUAUGAUAUCGAAAGUCUCGAGAAAAACGACGAUAACUUUUUUGUUAGUAAGUCCGACAGUUGUACUGCGGUAAAUAGAGAUUCAAUGAUUACUAAUAUUCUUAGUGACGAUUCUAUUGUUCCAAAACUUGUGUCUUCCCUAAACUUAUAUUCUGGUCAUUCUAUUUUUGUAACUGAUCACUCAACCCAUCAAGAUAAAGAACCGUUUAAGAAACUUCAAAAUGACUUUUUUCCUUCUAUGUACGAAAAUGAAAGCGAUUUAGAUGAAGUAAAACACUGGUUGGAUAAUUUUGAAAACGCAAAAGAUCAGAUUACUUCUUUAUUAAAAAUACUAAAACUAAAGAGCAGUAAAAUAAAAAAUCAUAAAGAGAAGAAAAACUUGUUGGCGGUUCCUAAGCAACUACGGAAAAAAUCUAUUUAAUUUUUUUAUUGCUAUCAAUAAAAUAAUUAUAAUUUUAGGUAGAAAAGUAUCAUAAA